AGGUCUAACAUUUGCUGCAGUUCUGUGUAACAUCUAUAAACAACAUUUGUGUAACAUCUAUCCGAAUUCAUUCCAAGUUUCUUCACCAAAACUCGACGGAAGAUGGGUUUACUUACCGCCGCCGUAGCUGCUGCAGGAGCAGCCGGAGCAGUUGCUGCAGCUCCUGUAGUUCUAACAGCUGUAGGUUUCACUGGAGCUGGAAUUGCUGCAGGUUCGAUUGCCUCCUCAAUGAUGUCAGCUGCUGCUGUAGCAAACGGAGGAGGAGUUGCGGCUGGAUCAGUGGUAGCAGGUCUUCAAGCAGCAGGUGCUGCUGGAAUCCCUGCCGCAGCUCAGGCUGUUAUUGGUGGCAUAGGGGCUGUGGCUAGCACUUUUGGGUGGUUUGCUCUUAUUUAGAUUGUUCUUCAGUAGCUGCAGGUGCUGCAGCAGGCGAAGCCAGAACUGUGGGAGCCGCUGUGAGAUACAGUUCAUACUGCGUGACAAGCACUUCACAAUAUGAUAUAUUACUACUUAUUUAAUCAAACAUAGCAUUUAACUAACCCACAGCCAUAAAUGUAGACAUGUACUAACUCCUUCAAAAUAUUCUAAUAAUUGUAUAAUUAAUGCACCUUUCACUUUAAACUUGUACUACAAAUAUUAUUUGCUCUUGUUAUAAGUUGUGUGAUAUAACAAAACAAUAUCUUCUUUUAAGCAAGAUCAGAUUCAAUUCCUUUCUUAAGAUGAGAGUUUUGUUUUUUUGUCUUGGGAAAUGUUCUGGAACUGUUUAAAAAUAAAUAAAUUGAUUCAUUUUUUAAAGGUU